UACAAAGAGGGUCCACUGCCGAACGUCAUUUGUUUACUUAAGCUGUUUCGAUCAACCACCUUGGCCAAGACUAGACUUCCCCCCUCUUCGCUUCUCUACUUCCUCAUUCUCUCACACCAACGGUUUCUGCGUCAUGGCCAGCCUGACUGAUUUCGUCGACUUCUCUCCCCGGUCCCUGGCGUUGUCCGCCGCGACGAUCGCGUUCAAUCCGAUUUUCUGGAAUAUCGUUGCCCGUGCAGAGUACAACAACCACAUCUUGACGCGCAUCUUCGGCGGGCCAUACAAGGGAUGCUACUUCCUGGCCUUUACCAUCUUCUCUCUUGGUAUUCUGCGUGAUCAUUUUUACCAGGUCGCCCUCGAUGAGCAACCCUUCUACGCGCCGGUUCACCAGCCCCUCGUUGGCGGCAUUCUGUUCGUCGUCGGCUCGGUCCUUGUGCUGUCCAGCAUGUGGGCUCUGGGUGUGACCGGCACCUAUCUCGGUGACUACUUUGGUAUUCUCAUGGAUGCCCCCGUCACCGGCUUUCCGUUCAACGUCACUGGCUCGCCUAUGUACUGGGGUAGCACCCUGAACUUCCUUGGCGUUGCUCUGUACAAGGGCAAGGUUGCCGGUCUCCUUCUGACUGCCCAGGUCUUUGUAUUGUAUUGGUUCGCUCUUAAGUGGGAGGACCCCUUCACCGCCGAGAUCUAUGCCAAGCGUGAGCGUGAGCGCGCCAAGAAGUCUGGCGGCAAGAAGCAGUAAAUUACUCGACGUGAUGGCGAGAUUGUGCGGGACAUUCAACAUCCUCAACUCGCUUGAUAAGUUUCAGACCAAGACCACGGUCGAGAGACACGCCAACCUCCUCGCGACUAUGCCAUUCACCGCUUGGAUACACCCUUUUCUCGAGCCGGGAAAUGACACACUUGCCGAGCACACGGAUGCACCCGAAUCCGAAUCUUCAACGAUGCUGGAAGAGUAGACGAUAAGCUCACUUCACCCACGGAACAGAGAGUACAGACGGCCGAAUGAGCGCGAGACCUGCAACCCAUUGCCGCAUUGCUGGACGAGUGCAUCAUCCUUAUUUAGUGAUUUCCCCUACGCGACUACAAAAAAAGUUUCCUAUUUACCCAAUGCGACCAGUAUACCAGUGCAGACAGACGCUACACGUUGGCCACCUUGUUGAUUGUAAAUAUGAGCCUGGAAUGGACUGCGACCUAUAAUAUUUUCUCCUAAUCUUGCUUCCCGGGGUCGAACUGGCGGUGUGUCCGCAUCCUAGUUAUUCUAUGGCUGUUGAUUUCCUUGCUCGAGGCCUCUUCUAUUUCUGUAUCUCGUGUUCACAAUUAGGUCAUAAGCCUAAAAAGACAAAGGAUCUUCUUCCAGCUCCUCCAGGUUUGUGACCCUAAUUUUCUCGUCUACUUAGCUUCGAACUAAAGACUCGAAACUCGACAUGAACACGAACUGCCA